GCGGGCUCGCGGGGACCAUGGGGCGCGCCGGGCACCGCGCCGGGCCCCGCUGCUGAAGGCGCCCGAGCCGCCCCGCGCCGCGCCCCUGUGCGGCGGCCCGCGGCGCCCGGCGACAUGUGGGUGAACCCCGAGGAGGUGCUGCUGGCCAACGCGCUGUGGGUGACCGAGCGCGCCAACCCCUACUUCAUCCUGCAGCGGAGGAAGGGGCACUCGGGCGACGGCGGCGGCGGCGGGGGGCUGGCGGGGCUCCUGGUGGGGACUCUCGAUGUCGUGCUGGACUCCAGUGCCCGGGCCGCCCCGUACCGGAUCCUCUACCAGACCCCGGACUCCCUGGUCUACUGGACCAUCGCCUGCGGGGGCUCCCGGAAGGAGAUCACAGAGCACUGGGAGUGGCUGGAGCAGAACCUCCUGCAGACUCUGUCCAUCUUCGAGAAUGAGAACGACGUCACCACCUUCGUGAGGGGCAAGAUACAGGGUAUCAUCGCCGAGUAUAACAAGAUCAACGACGUGAAGGAGGACGAUGACACGGAGAAGUUCAAGGAAGCCAUCGUGAAGUUCCACCGGCUCUUCGGGAUGCCCGAGGAGGAGAAGCUCGUCAACUACUAUUCCUGCAGCUACUGGAAGGGCCGGGUGCCCCGGCAGGGCUGGAUGUACCUCAGCAUCAACCACCUCUGCUUCUACUCCUUCCUGAUGGGGAGGGAAGCCAAGCUGGUGGUGCGCUGGGUGGACAUCACACAGCUGGAGAAGAACGCCACGCUGCUCCUGCCGGACGGAGUGCGGGUGAGCACGCGCUCCAGCGAGCACUUCUUCUCCGUCUUCCUCAACAUCAGCGAGACCUUCCAGCUGAUGGAGCAGCUGGCCAACAUCGCCAUGCGGCAGCUGCUGGACAACGAGGGCUUCGAGCAGGACCGCUCGCUGCCCAAGCUGAAGAGGAAGUCUCCCAAGAAAGUGUCGGCGCUGAAGCGGGACCUGGACGCCCGGGCCAAGAGCGAGCGCUACCGCGCCCUGUUCCGGCUGCCCAAGGACGAGAAGCUGGACGGCCACACGGACUGCACCCUCUGGACGCCCUUCAACAAGAUGCACAUCCUGGGCCAGAUGUUCGUGUCCACCAACUACAUCUGCUUCACCAGCAAGGAGGAGCAGCUGUGCAGCCUCAUCAUCCCGCUGCGCGAGGUGACCAUCGUGGAGAAGGCGGACAGCUCCAGCGUGCUCCCCAGCCCCUUGUCCAUCAGCACCCGGAACCGGAUGACCUUCCUGUUCGCCAACCUGAAGGACAGGGACUUCCUGGUGCAGCGCAUCUCGGACUUCCUGCAGCUGACCACCUCCAAGAUCUACUCGGACAGGGAGCUGGCGGGCAGCUGCAACAGCUCCGACGACGAGGUGUACUCGCGGCCCAGCAGCCUCCUGUCCUCCAGCCCGCAGAGGAGCUCAGGGUCCGAGGCCGACGGCGAGCGCCAGUUCAACCUCAACGGCAACAGCGUCCCCACCGCCACGCAGGCCCUGAUGACCAUGUACCGGCGCCGGUCCCCCGAGGAGUUCAACCCCAAGCUGGCCAAGGAGUUCCUGAAGGAGCAGGCGUGGAAGAUCCACUUCGCCGAGUACGGCCAGGGCAUCUGCAUGUACCGCACGGAGAAGACGCGGGAGCUGGUGCUGCGGGGCGUCCCGGAGAGCAUGCGGGGGGACCUCUGGCUGCUGCUGUCAGGGGCCAUCAACGAGAAGGCCACGCACCCGGGCUACUACGAGGACCUGGUGGAGCGGUCCAUGGGCAAGUACAACCUGGCCACGGAGGAGAUCGAGCGGGACCUGCACCGCUCCCUGCCCGAGCACCCCGCCUUCCAGAACGAGAUGGGCAUCGCGGCCCUGCGCAGGGUCCUGACCGCCUACGCCUUCCGCAACCCCAGCAUCGGCUACUGCCAGGCCAUGAACAUCGUGACGUCGGUGCUGCUGCUGUACGCCAAGGAGGAGGAGGCCUUCUGGCUGCUGGUGGCACUGUGCGAGCGCAUGCUGCCCGACUACUACAACACCAGGGUGGUCGGAGCGCUGGUGGACCAGGGCGUGUUCGAGGCGCUGGCCCGGGACCACGUGCCUCAGCUGUACGACUGCAUGCAGGACCUGGGCGUCAUCUCCACCAUCUCGCUGUCCUGGUUCCUCACGCUCUUCCUCAGCGUCAUGCCCUUCGAGAGCGCCGUGGUGGUGGUCGACUGCUUCUUCUACGAGGGCAUCAAGGUCAUCUUCCAGCUGGCCCUGGCCGUGCUGGACGCCAACGUGGACAAGCUGCUCCACUGCAAGGACGACGGGGAGGCCAUGACCGUCCUGGGGAGGUACCUGGACAGUGUGACCAACAAGGACAGCACGCUGCCCCCCAUCCCGCACCUGCACUCCCUGCUCAGCGACGACCUGGAGCCCUACCCCGAGGUGGACAUCUUCCGGCUCGUCAGGACCUCCUACGAGAAAUUUGGAACCAUCCGGGCCGACCUGAUUGAGCAGAUGAGGUUCAAGCAGCGCCUUAAGGUGAUCCAGACGCUGGAGGACACCACCAAGCGCAACGUGGUACGGACCAUUGUGACAGAGACGUCCUUCACCAUCGAUGAGCUGGAGGAGCUCUACGCUCUCUUCAAGGCCGAGCACUUGACCAGCUGCUACUGGGGCGGGGGCAGCGCGGCCGUGGAGCGCCACGACCCCAGCCUGCCCUACCUGGAGCAGUACCGCAUCGACUCGGAGCAGUUCAAGGCCAUGUUCGCGCUCCUCUUCCCGUGGGCCUGCGGCACCCACUCGGACGUGCUGGCCGCCCGCCUCUUCCAGCUGCUGGACGAAAACGGAGACUCUCUGAUCAACUUCAGGGAGUUCGUCGCCGGGCUAAGCGCCGCCUGCCACGGGGACCUCACGGAGAAGCUCAAACUCCUCUACAAAAUGCACGUCCUGCCCGAGCCCUCCUCGGAUCCCGACGAGCCCGAUUCUGCCUUCGAAGCCACGCAGUACUUCUUCGAGGACAUCACCCCCGAGUGCACGCAUGUGGUCGGCCUGGAGAGCAGGAGCAAGCACGGCAUGGACGACGGCUUCGUGACGGUCAGCCUGAAGCCGGACAGAGGGAAAAGAAGCAAUUCUCAAGAAAACCGGAAUUACCUGCGACUGUGGGCUCCGGAUAAUAAAUCUAAAUCGAAGAACGCAAAAGAUUUGCCCAAGUUGAAUCAGGGCCAGUUCAUUGAGCUGUGCAAGACCAUGUACAACCUGUUCAGCGAGGACCCCAACGAGCAGGAGCUGUACCACGCCACGGCGGCCGUGACCAGCCUGCUGCUGGAGAUCGGCGAGGUGGGCAAGCUCUUCGCCAGCCAGCCAGGGGCGCAGGGCAGCAGCGCCGGGGCGCCCCAGGGCCUGCCAGGGGCCAUGCUGUUCCCCAAGAAGGCGGCGGCGGCGGCGGCGGGGCCCGAGCCGGGGCUGGCGGGCGAGGCGGAGGAGGGCUCCCUGGGCGCGCAGAUGGAGGACAUCAAGCUGGAGGACUGCUCGCCCCGGGACCACGGCGCGGGCUCGGCCAUGCUCAUCUCGGACGACGACACCAAGGACGACAGCUCCAUGUCAUCGUACUCCGUGCUGAGCGCCGGCUCCCACGAGGAGGACAAGCUGCAGUGCGAGGACAUCGGGGAGGACACGGUGCUGGUGCGCAGCGGCCAGGGCCCCGCCGGGCUGCCCCGCAGCACCAGCCUGGACCGCGACUGGGCCAUCACCUUCGAGCAGUUCCUGGCCUCGCUGCUCACCGAGCCCGCCCUGGUGCGCUACUUCGACAAGCCCGUGUGCCUCAUGGCCCGCGUGAGCAGCGCCCGGAGCAGCCGCCUGCUGGGCAGGGCGCCCGGCUCGGCCAGCGACUUCGACCUGGCCGCGCUGUCCGGCUGAGCCCGCCCGCCAGCCCUGCCCUCCCGGCCCGGGCCAGGACCCUCCCGGCCUGAGCCCGGGGUGUUUCCCAACAGGAUGCGACGACAACCACGUGAACCCCCCUCUCGGCGGGGCCCCGCCACCCUCUGACCCCCCCCCAAGCCCCCCGCCCUGGGCGGGUGGGGAGGAGGAGGACCCAGAUACAGUUCAACCCCCACACACCAAAUUAUUUAAGGGGACUCCCUCGCUGUUCAGUGGGUGCCACGGCCAGGCCGCAGCCCCCAUGCGCUGGGGCUCGUCUGUCCAAGUGGAGGCCCCUGGGACUGAUGCCACGAGGCCAGAAUGUUCCAGAAAGGCAGAGGGUGGCAGAGGGGGUGGGGUGGGGAAUGCCGGUGCCACCUUUUAGGAGCAUUAAAUUUUUGUUUUGUUUUAAUAUCGGAAAUAAUGUUCCUCCUGCCAAGUUCCGUGCCUGGAGACCGUGGCUGGGAGAUGCUUGUCUCCGCAGGGCAAGUGUCCCAGGCUCUGAAAGGAGGAAGUGCGAGUUUUUUUGUGUGUGCAAUGCCCCAAAUUCAAACUCAUCUGCAUCCCAGGGAUGGUCCCUCUGCGGCAGCAGCUGCGUGCACAGCCUCGGCAGCUCUUCACAGAGCUGCUGGACGCGGGGCCUCCGGGCAGAGAGCUCUGGAUUGGGCCUUUUUUUUUCUUUUCUUUUCUUUUUUUAAGCAGCGAAAGUACCGAUGCUUCCCAAUACGGGGUUUUUCAGCUUCCUGUGACUCACGGCAAAUACAGCAGAAAAGAAAAGCAGUGAACUGUCCCAUUUCCAUCCUCUCCAGGGGCCGCAGGCUUCCGUGCAUCCCCCUGACCGUCAUGCCACUUAGAUCCAUGUACAAUAGAGGUCAUGUAAAAAACAUACAGAAAUCCCUGCAAGGUAACGUAACCGGUGUUCUUCCCAGCAGGACUGUCCCUUUCUGUCACGGCUCGGGCUCGCCGUCCCGGUGGAGGUGGGAAGGAUGCUACCGCACCUGCACUUUGAAUUCUCGCUGAUUUUUUUUUUCUCUUUUCUCUUUCUCACCCUCAUCACGGUUUUGUUUUUUCAUGGAUGUUGGAGGUUCCCCCCGGUCCCCGGCUGGACGCGUCUGUCUCGCCAGCGUCCCCUCUCCGCUUCUCCGGGAUCUGCUCUCCAACACGGUCCUUUGUUUUUGUGGCCGCGUGCCCCUGUUCUCAGCUGUUGCUGCUGGUACUUUUUAAAUUUUGUUUACAGAAUGAUUUUUAAACUGUCCAAUGAAGUAGUGUUAACCUCAGAUAGGAGAAAUGUGAACGAAUAAAAUCCAUCAACUACUCCA